AUGCCACCUAAAAAACGAUUAUCUUUAUCUCGAAAUUCGAGAGAAGCUAAGAGAAUGAGAAAUGUGCGUUCUCAAGAAUCGGCAGAGGAAAGAGCACAUCGGUUAAACUCUAUGAGAGUUAGUGCCUCAACUUCUCGAGCCAAUGUAAGCUCUCCAGAAAGAGAGAUGCGAUUAGCAGCUGACAGAGCGAGACGAGCUACAUCACGGGCGUCUCGAAGUUCUUCUCAACGAGAGCUAAGGCUUACCAUUGACCGAGAACAACAUGUGUUAUCCCGAGAAGUUGAAACUGCUUCACAACGAGAAUUGCGGCUCACAGUUGACCGCGAACGGCCGAACGGCAUACAUUAUCUCGAGAGUCCGAAACCUACACUGAGAGGGAAUUACGUCUCACAGCUGAUCGCGAACGUCAUGUCUUUCCGUGCUUGA